ACUUCUACUGAGCUUUCUUGCCCCAUUUUUUCUCUUAGCUGAGGCUUGUUACUCAAUGAUUCGCUGUAGAUGGUCCAAUCCAAGUUCUUGCACCUCUCUCUUCUUGUUUGUCUUCCCCCCCCCCCCUCCUCUAUCUGAUCUCCCCUUCUUUUUUCCGAUGCAUCUCCUUACCUCCUUUCGACUGCGAAGAACGACACUGCCAAAAAAAAAAAAUGAUGAUUAUACAAUUGCUUUUAUGAUCGGUUUUAUUUUCUUUUUUUUUUCUUCCCCUUGUUCUGAUAUUUUUUUUCCCUUCGUAGCUUCGUUUUGGCUUUUUCUCCCUUUUAAUCAUAUUCUACAGUGUGAAGGAUGAAACUUUCUUUCGUGCUGUUGACUCUUUUCAUCUAUUCCGGCCAUGCUUCACUAUUAAAACGAGCCGAUGUGUCAGGCGCACCUCAACCAUCACAAGCUCAGCCAGCGCCUUCUGCAACGGUGGCAAGCAAUGCAGACCCCAGCGCAGCUGCACCGACAGGACCCAUCAAUACAGCACCAACGCUUUCAGCUUCGGGAAUCCAUUCUCAAGCAAAUGCUUCACAAUCGAUAGUGAACAGUGAUAACAAUCCAUUCAUCGGAAAACCCACCUCGGCAUCGUUUAGCAACGAUAUCCCGCCAGCUUAUCUAACAUGGAAAAAACCGAUCCCCAAUCAAACCUUUCCACCACUGUAUAAGAUUGGUGUAUCUAAUAUUACAUUUGAAUGGACGGUCGAUCCUCAGGUGCUCAAAGUCCAGCCUCAAAACAUCACCGUAGCGUUGGCCAAUCCACAAAAGCAGACCUUUACGGCGGCCGUUGUUCCAGGAACGGCGACCUCUGCUCAUUGGGAUCUCGCCCGUUUGCCACCUAAUUCACCUUUGAUGGUCGGUUAUUACACUGUAUGGGUGUACGAUCAACGAGGACCUAAAGCUUUCCCCAGCCCUGGAUGGCUGAUGCCCGAUUCUCGCUUGGUCGUAGCCAUGUAUAGCACAGAAGCGUACGUGGGAAGAACAGACUCCAUGUUUUGUCCGACAUGCUAUCUGGGAGGAAGCAGCACACUUCGAGAGACAUUCUUACCCCUUGCAACCGCAUUCGGUGUGGCUAUUUUUACAUCCGUCGUUGUUUUAUUAUCACUUUAGAUCCACGAAUCGCGAUCUUUUUGCUCAGCUCUCUUGACGCUGCACGCUUCUUUGAUUUGAUCAUUUUCACCUUUUUCAUGCAUCCCUUUAUUUUGUAUUGUUGGAUUUCAUCCUCGUCCUAAUCUCCAGCUUCCUUGCUUCUUCUUCACUCUUUUUUUUUUAUCCUCG